UGGCCCAUGCUGUCAGUGAUCUUCGCUAUCAACGGUCCCGAUCGAUCCGGUGACUCGAUCAUUCGCCGUCCGAUUUGGAUUCAAAAGUCAACCUCAAGUAGCGAUAUAUAGCAUAAGUGCAUCUAAUAUUAGCCAUCAGCAAUCACUAUGAAGUCACCGCGCAAAUUCGGAGACGCUGGCCCUGAAGCUUCCGCGAAACUGCUAUCCUCGUUCCCGGCGGUUUCAAUUUUUCCCGCUUAUCAAACUCCUUAUAUUCUAUCAUCAACAAUCGGAAUCUCUCUACUUUCCGCCUGAGACGGUGAACUCGGUUCCGUGUUCACGGCUGCAGUGGUUUGCUGGAGUAGAUCUGAUCUGGAUUAGGAAACAUUAUAUACAUUUGCUAAAUUAAGCGUAUUUAAGGAGGCAGUUUCGCGGAAACGUGGUUGAAAGAUGCAGAAUCGAUUUAACGGUAUGGCGGCGAGGGAGAAACGGAGUUUGGAUCCAGGCAGUAGCCAGGAAGGUCAGCCUGAUCGGAAACGCCCAGCUCUUGCUAGUGUCAUCAUUGAAGCUCUCAAGGUGGACAGUCUCCAGAAACUUUGCUCAUCUUUGGAACCAAUUCUUCGAAGAGUGGUUAGCGAAGAGGUGGAGCGAGCCUUGGUAAAAUUAGGUCCCGCUAAACUAAAUGGCAGGGUCUCUCCAAAAAGAAUUGAGGGCUCUGAUGGACGAAGUUUGCAGCUUCAGUUCAGGUCCAAGCUUUCACUUCCUCUAUUUACUGGAGGAAAAGUUGAGGGAGAGCAGGGUACCUCAAUCCAUGUGGUGUUGCUUGAUGCAAACACUGGUCAAGUCGUAACAUCAGGACCAGAGUCGUCUCUGAAAUUAGAUAUAGUUGUGCUUGAAGGUGACUUCAACAAUGAAGAUGAUGAUGGCUGGUCUCAGGAAGAAUUCGAGUCACAUAUAGUAAGAGAGCGUGAGGGGAAGAGACCACUUCUAACUGGGGACUUGCAAGUGGCUUUAAGAGAAGGUGUGGGAACGUUAGGGGAGCUAACAUUUACCGACAACUCUAGUUGGAUUAGAAGCAGAAAAUUUAGGCUCGGUCUGAAAGUUGCUUCAAGUAAUGCUGAGGGAUAUCGAAUUCGUGAAGCAAAAACAGAUGCCUUUACGGUCAAGGAUCAUAGGGGAGAAUUAUAUAAGAAGCAUUAUCCUCCUGCACUGACUGAUGAAGUCUGGAGGCUGGAGAAGAUUGGGAAAGAUGGCUCAUUUCACAAGAGGCUUAAUAAAGCUGGAAUAAAGACUGUAGAAGAUUUUCUGCGGCUUGUAAUGAGAGAUCCAUCACAACUAAGAAAUAUUUUGGGAAGUGGAAUGUCAAAUAAGAUGUGGGAAAGCCUUGUUGAUCAUGCAAAGACAUGCGUGCUGAGUGGAAAACUUUACGUUUACUAUCCUGACGAGCUAAGGAAUGUGGGGGUUGUUUUUAACAAUAUCUAUGUACUGAUUGGGUUGAUCUCCGGCGGGCAGUAUCAUUCAGUUGAUUCACUCUCCGACAGCCAGAAGGGCUUCGUCGACACAUUGGUGAAGAAGGCAUACGAAAACUGGAUCCAUGUCAUAGAAUACGACGGUGAAUCCCUCCUCGGCUUAGGUCAAAAUAAAAGCUCGGAUGCUUCACCAAAUGCCACCAAAAAACCGACACAUGCUCCGGCAGACUCUUUCGAACAUCACACUUUACCUAGUCUCCCACCUUCAAUUCCUCCUCAGCAUCCAUCCAUGAACUCAGGAUUGGGAAUUGGAGGUUACAAUGACAACAUUGGAAGUCGAUACCCUAUGCCACCACAAAACAUGAACCUCAAUGUCGCGGCAGAGUUAGCCGGCGCUUCAUACUCCCCACAGAAUCACCAGCUGAUCCAUUCAGGGCAACAACAUGGAAGCGAAAACUCGCUGGCACUUGCCUCUACCUCAACAAAUCAUACUUACACCAACGGGGGAUUCGAAGACAUUCCAGUAGACGAAAUCCGCACAAGAAGUCACGAAAUGCUUCAAAAUGAAGACAUGCAGCACCUACUUUGCCUCUAUAGCAUGGGAGGGCAAGGACACAGCGCAUUCAACGCCGGCGACAAUGACAACAACUACGGGUUCUCAGCUUACACACCUUUCACUCCGUCAAACUUCAUUUUUGAAGAGGACAGCAAGCGCUCGUCAGGAAAAGCAGUUGUCGGUUGGCUGAAGCUAAAAGCAGCUCUGAGAUGGGGCAUUUUCGUCAGGAAGAAAGCUGCUGAGAGACGAGCACAAAUUGUGGAGCUCGACGAACUGUAGGUACACCUCUUUUUCGCGGCAUAUCUGAAAGCAAAUUUUCAGGGAGCCAGUGUGGUUUUAUACUUCUCAUUACAGGUUGUUGUGCUUAACCCUUUUUUAUCAGCAUAGAUUCUUCGAUUCCUUUUCCAAUUUACCCGGUGUAAAUUAGAGAUCGAUCAGUAUAGACAAGCAUCUAGUCCUUUCGACAAAACUUUAGCUCCUCAAAGGAACAUAAUAGUAUUAUGUAUUGUUCUAACUUGUAAGUCAUUUUGGUCUCUAAAACAUCAUGUAUGCAUUCUAGUGUACACUCAUGAACGGCAUGCUUCUUGUUCUAAUACCCAUUAGAGAUGAGUAAAAUAUCCGAAAAUUACCAUUGAAA